AUGUACAUAGUGACUAAAUCAGAUUUAGAAAACAAAGAGAAAGAAUAUCAGAAGAUGGAGGAAGAAAUUGUAAAUCUAAGAAAGGAACUUGAAAAGCGCAAAGAUGAACUCAAGUUGAGAACCAACUAUGAGGGUAGCACUGAUGCUCUAGAUAAAAUGUUGAGCAAGCAAAAGCACUCCAAAGACACAAAGGGUGUUGGACUUGAGGCUGGACAAUGUUUUAACAGUAAAGAUUCAUCAAACAAAGAGAUACUCUUCACCUCUUCAAGUGAGAGUGAAGUCAAACAAACCUUCCCAGUCAGCAAGCCCAAUGAGAAGAAGACAUAUGUUGUUGCUACAAAGAAUAAAUCAAGGAACCCACAUGCUGAUCCAAAAAGAAAAGCCAAGAUGGAUGAUGGAGAAUUCGACAAAGUAAGAAAAGAUUUCAAGAAAUACAAGAAGUCGGUGAUAAAAGAGCAUGACUCACUAAACAAGAAUAUUGAAGAAUCAAACAAUAAUCUUGUUGCCUUGACCACUUCAUUGGAUGAAGAUAAAAGAAUGUACGAAGUGACUAAAUCAGAUUUAGAAAACAAAGAGAAAGAAUAUCAGAAGACGGAGGAAGAAAUUGUAAAUCUGAGAAAGGAACUUGAAAAGUGCAAAGAUGAACUUGAGGUGAGAACCAAGUAUGAGGACAACACUAAUGCUUUAGAUAAAAUGUUGAGCAAGCAAAAGCACUCCAAAGAUAUAGAGGGUGUUGGAGUUGAGGGUGGACAAUGUUCUAACAGUAAAGAUUCAUCAGACAAAGAGAUACUCUUCACCUCUUCAAGUGAGAUUGAAGUCAAACAAACCUUCACAGUCAGCAAGCUCAAUGAGAAGAAGACAUAUGAUUCUGCUACAAAGAAUCAGUCAAGGAACCAACAUGCUGAUCCAAAAAGAAAAGCCAAGAUGGAUGAUGGAGGUUUCACAAGAUUCAAGGAUACAUGA